CUGCACGUGUUAGCGACGCCAAGCAGCCCUGUGAGGAAAGGGCUCCAACUGGAGUGGCCCCAUUAGAGGGGAACCGGCAUGGGGCAGGGCUGCUGUGCAGCCUGGGGAGAUUCAGUUCACCUCUCUGGGCCUCCAGUUUUUCAGUGGUAUCUGGGGGUAAGGAUAGCUGCCCAUUGCAUGAUUGGAAUAAUCACAUUUAUCCUAUAUAAACAACCAACAGGGACUUGACUCUUACCUGCCCACUCCUUGCAGUAGGGAUUUAGGAAAUAUCUGCCUCUUGACCUGGAUGGGUGUGGAUGAAGGCCAGACUGUAGGGAGGACCCACUGAGAGUAAGGCAGUGAAUGUCCUCUGCAAACUGCGCCAUGCUGGACCUACCUGGAACAUUCCUGACCUGUGAAGAAUAUGUGCCAGCACUUGUGUUUUUCAUUUACAGCUGCAGUGACCCUAAAUUCCUCAAAUUCCCUGAGUGCAAGGCCAUGGCUCAGAAAAGCCCUGUGGACAACACCAUUAAUCUCCCCUACAAGGACCUGACCUCCGAGGUGACCAGGCGCAGAGUCAUCAUGACCACCAGAAAAGAGAUAAUCACCCAGAAAAGUGAUGAAGCUAAGAUGCUCUCCCACUUGGAUUGGGAACAAGCCCCUCCCCCUCACAGGACCCACCUCAGAGUACCUCCUGCCCCACCUCCCUCUCCAGCUGAGGAUCCCACAGACUCCUAAGAUAAAAACCUUAAGUUACUUUGAAAUGAAUUCUUACACAGAACUCCAGAAAAUAGUUUCAGUGGUGUUCUUGAGGUUUGUCUUAGAAGACUCUUGAAGAUCUUUGUUCUUUCCUAUUUUUCUUCAUCACCUAGAAUUACCAUACAGCACGGUUUACCCUUGUGAAUAUA